AGUGAGGCGGAAGCGGGAGGCGGAGCGUUUCCUCCCGCGGGGCCGAGGCCGCGCUACGGCGGCCGGGAGGGGUCAACGUGCGGGGGAGGCGAAGCGAAGCGGAUCGGAGCGGGGUAGGGAAGCGCGGUGCGGCGGUCAGGACGAUGCUGGAGGCGGCGGCCGCAGCCGAGCCCGAGUUGGACCCCGAGGACCUGGUACAUUUCUCGGUUGGAGACCUGCCCAGCCGUGGCUACGGCGUGAUGGGCGAGAUCCGGAGGCAGGGCAAGCUGUGCGAUGUGACCCUCAAGGUGGGGGACCAUAAAUUCAGCGCUCACCGGAUCGUGCUGGCAGCUUCCAUCCCCUACUUCCAUGCCAUGUUCACCAACGACAUGAUGGAGUGCAAGCAGGAUGAGAUCGUCAUGCAGGGGAUGGACCCCAGCGCACUUGAGGCUCUGAUCAACUUUGCCUACAACGGGCACCUGGCGAUCGAUCAGCAGAACGUGCAGUCUUUGCUGAUGGGAGCCAGCUUCCUGCAGCUGCAGAACAUCAAGGAUGCCUGCUGCACCUUCCUCAGAGAGAGGCUUCACCCAAAGAACUGCCUGGGCGUGCGGCAGUUUGCAGAGACGAUGAUGUGCGCAGUGCUCUACGAUGCUGCCAACAGCUUCAUUCACCAGCACUUCGUGGAGGUGUCCAUGUCUGAGGAGUUCCUGGCUCUGCCUUUUGAGGACGUCCUGGAGCUCGUUUCUCGGGAUGAGCUCAACGUGAAGUCUGAAGAGCAGGUGUUUGAAGCUGCUCUAGCAUGGAUACGCUACGAGAGAGACCAGAGGGAGCUGUUCCUGCCUGAGCUCCUCUCCAAAAUCCGCCUGCCCCUUUGUCGGCCUCAGUUCCUCACUGACAGAGUGCAACAAGACGACCUGGUGCGCUGCUGCCACAAAUGCAGAGAUCUAGUGGAUGAAGCAAAAGAUUAUCACCUCAUGCCAGAGCGUCGACCGCACCUCCCAGCAUUCAAGACCCGUCCUCGGUGCUGCACGUCGAUUGCAGGGCUGAUUUAUGCUGUUGGAGGACUUAACUCAGCAGCAAAUUUUUAUGCAGGUGACUCUCUGAACGUGGUGGAAGUCUUUGACCCCAUUGCCAACCGCUGGGAGAAGUGCCAGCCGAUGACGACGGCACGGAGCCGCGUUGGUGUGGCCGUGGUGAAUGGGCUGCUCUACGCCAUCGGGGGGUACGACGGGCAGCUGAGGCUGAGCACUGUGGAGGUGUACAACCCUGAGAUGGAUUCCUGGUCCAAAGUGGAAAGCAUGAACAGCAAACGAAGUGCGAUGGGAACCGUGGUGCUGGACGGGCAGAUCUACGUUUGCGGCGGAUACGAUGGAAACUCCUCGCUCAACUCCGUGGAGUCCUAUUCUCCAGAAACAAACAAGUGGACAGUGGUGACCCCCAUGAGCUCCAACCGCAGCGCUGCUGGUGUCACUGUGUUUGAGGGCAGGAUCUACGUGUCAGGAGGGCACGACGGCCUGCAGAUCUUCAACAGUGUGGAGUACUACAACCAGCACACGGCCACCUGGCACCCGGUGGCCAGCAUGCUCAACAAGCGCUGCCGCCACGGGGCGGCGUCGCUGGGAAGCAAGAUGUUUGUGUGCGGGGGUUACGACGGCUCUGCCUUCCUCAGCAUGGCUGAAGUGUACAGCUCUGUGGCGGACCAGUGGUACCUCAUCGUCCCCAUGAACACCCGGAGGAGCCGAGUGUCCCUGGUGGCAAACUGCGGCCGCCUGUACGCCGUCGGGGGUUACGAUGGACAGUCCAACCUCAGCUCGGUCGAGAUGUACGACCCGGAGACCAACCGCUGGACGUUCAUGGCCCCGAUGGUGUGCCACGAGGGGGGGGUCGGCGUGGGCUGCAUCCCCCUGCUGACCAUCUGAGGAGGCAGAGGCGAGGAGCUGCCUUGUGACAAUCGUGGGAGAGCUCCAGCCGGCGUUUCCCGCUCUGAUAGCCAGAGAGAUCCAUCUCCAGGUGCUCAAACACACACAAAAACUUGACACGACCACCCCCACCCUUGGCUCUUGGGCCGAGGCCCCUGAAGGAUCGACGUUUUCGGGACUACGAUGCGAGGUGUGAAUGUGCUGCCCUGAGCAAGGAGCUGCCCUCCUCCCGCUUUCGCCUCUGCGCAGAGCCACAGCUGAGCAAAUCCUUCCUCUCCCCAGCAGCGCCCAGCCGCGUCGGUGUGCUUUGGCCAACGCUGGGAGGUGGUGGUGUGGGUUGGGAGGGAACAGAAUUGCACAGAUGGCUGCUUCCGUGACUUGAAGAACACCUGCACACCUUCUGUCGGCAGCAAGGACCCCGGCAUCCCAAGAGUUUGAUCCGCAGUGGUCUUUUUUUGGGUUGUUUCAGCUUCAUGCUGGCCACGUUGAGAUCUUACCCUGUCUACCAAAGCAGGCAGGACCUACCAAUGUAGGCCUGUAAGACCAUGUCCAAGCUCUGCAAGUUCGGGUGCUUCUUGCACAAGCCACUGCUGGUUUCUCCAAAUGCUUUCUUCAGCUUAGAUGGGGAAAAUUUCUCCACAAGAGCCACAUGAUGGAGAAACUGGGGGGAGAAAAAGUCGGUUAAACCAUGGGAGCGUUUUAGCAAACAUGGGAGGAAGAAUGCCAAAUGUCAACCACACUAAGCAACAGCCUUAGGAUUUCAACAGAGGAGGCAAACCGAGGUGUGAAUGGUCAGGAUAGCCCUUAAUGGUCAAUAGAUGUCUCCAGAAAUAAGCUUUGGCUUUUCUACGUUGGUAUGUGAGAGGCAGCUGACGCAGAGUGGCCAGGAUCUGUAAGGAGGAGAGGGAUCACUGCCUCUGUUUGUGACAGCACAGGAGGUCUGUGGCUGUGUUGGGGCAGCUGCAGUUCAGCUCUGAGGAGCAGAGGAACCUGCAGCAGCCUCCCUGCAAGGCGCUGGUGGGAAACCACACUUCCCCAGCACGGCUGAGAUCAACGUCUUGGGGUUUGUGUGCUGGGAAAGGUCUUGGCAAUGUGCUUAUUUCAUGGCAGCCACGCAAGGAAACUUCCUGUGGCCAAACUGUGGCAGGGCUGCAGGUGCUGCCCCGUGUCCCUGCUCGUCCCGUUGGGCUCAGCACCGCUUCCAGCCCCUCUCCCUUUGCUAUUUUCCACCCUAUUUUCACUGCAGCCAAAGGGAGCUGCUGCUGCUGCUGGCUUGGUCCUUCCCAGAACCAAACCCACCGAGCACCACUUGCCUGCAUCAGCCCUCCAGCAUUUCCCCUGCAUGAAUGUGAAUGGUGAGAGCCACGGCUCCCUGCCCACCAGCACAGCCACAGGGCAGGGAGCCCCUCAACACUACGCCCACUGCAGGCAGCGGGGGGCUCACUGCUGCCCUGUGUUUCCAGGAGCUUUGGUGUCCCCCCACCCAAACCCGUGCUUCUCCUUCAUAGCUGACUCCCAGCUCGGGAUUUUAACUUUGGGUGUAUAUGUGGAUGUCUAUAUAUUCAGGUACUGUGUAUAUUUUAGGUAUAUAUAACGAGCAUAUCUGGCUAUAAAUGUGGUUUUGUCAGUAUGUAUUUCUUCUGUAUACGGACGUCAGUGGAUGGGUUCACUGGGUGAAUUCAUUGCGAGGUUUCCCUGCUGCUAAGACACUUCAAAAAGGAAAAACAAAACAAAGCACGAGUAUUGCAAUGGAAAUGAAGCUGCUUUGGCAUCCUCACCUUGCUCCUGGGUGGGAGGAGAGACGGGGGGAGCUUUGGGCAGCAGCUUUAGCCCUGGAUCUGCAUGAUCCCCUCCCUGCCAGGAGGCUUGGAAGGAAGUGGGAAGGCUUCCAGCUGGGAGCUGCCUGGCUGCAGGCUGUGGCAGGGAACAGUUUGUUUGUACAAGCAUCAGCUCCUAGCUCUGAGCAGAGCGAGGGGACUCAGAAGAAAUGUGGGGCUCCAAGUGGGGUUUUGCUCUCUGCAUUUGGGAAAGGGAGACGUGGGCAGGCUGAGAGUUGGGCAGAGAGGAGGAUGGUGAGGCUCAGCAAGGGCGAGUGUGGGGUCCUACAGCUGGGGGGAGUUACUGCAUGCAUCAGAAUAGGUCGGGGGUGAGCUGGAAAGGAGCUCUGUGGGGAAGGAGCUGGGUGUUGUGGUUGACCAGCAGUUGGCCAACCAUUGACCACAACUGUUGUCCCCGGCUCAUGGUCACUCUGUGUGCAUUGCAAUGGGACUCUGGGGGGUGCAUUGCACCCAGUGCGGCCAGCAGAGCAACGGAGGUUCUCCUGCCCUCUGCUCUGCCCUGGUGAAGCCACAUCUGGAGCACUGGGGCCAUCGCUGGGCUCCCCACUAUCAGGCAGACAGGAAACUGAUGGGGGAAAGGCUGAGAGCCCCGGGUCUGUUCAGCCUGGAGAAGGUGAGAGGGGAUGUUACCUCCUCUGGAGAUGUUCAAAACCCACCUGGGUGCUUUCCUGUGCGACCUGCCCUAGGGAACCUGCGUUCUGUAGAAGUCCAUUCCAACUCCUGUGCUUCUGGGAUUCUGCACCCCACACAAGGCAAAACGUGCAGCCCCAAAGCGAAGCCCUUCUAAUUCCCACCGCCUCUCCAGCUGCCCAGGGAGGAGGAUGGGAACAAACCCCACAAAGCUUCUCUUCGCUGCGGCUCUCCAAGAAAAACAGCAGCAAUCCGAUCCCUUCCCGUGCGUGCCGCCCAGCCCUGUGUUUGUCCUGGAAGCGGAGCCCCAUGGCUGUGCUGCUGCUGGCUGUGCUGCUGCUGGCUGUGCUGCUGCCCACCGCCCCGUCAUCCACCGCCCCACUGCCCCCCACACCACGCGAGCUGGCCCGCACCGUGCUGGAGGCACACGGGCGCGAUGCGGGCAGCGGGCUGAGGCUGCUCAAGCUGCAAGGAGUCACCAGGACGAAGUUUGACUGGGGCACGCACUUCACCAUCAAUCUCACCGCCCGUGAGAUCUCCUGCCCCGCCGGCCCCACGGCGCCACGCGGUGCUGCAUGCAGAGCCCGGCCGGGCCAGAUCCAGCACUGCGUGGCCCAGAUCUCCGUCUUUGCCUUCCUGCCUGACGUGCCGCUGUCGCUGCUGGAGUGCAGCCGGCAGACGCCCAGCAGCUCAGGGCAGCCCCGCUCCCGAAGCCGGCACAGCCCUGCAGCCCCACGAGCCAUUGGCCUCAGGGAGCCAGCACCGUCCUGAAGCCCAUGAGCGCAUCCAUCCUGCAGCAGGGGACGUGCAGACCUCAUCCAUGGAGCCCGUCCCAUAGACCCAAGGGCUGAAAUAAAGAUGUUCCAGGGCUGUGCUGUGUGUGUGAUGCCUCGCCCCCAUCCUGCAGUAGAAUGGGAUUGAGGUUGCACAAACCUGCAGCUUUUGGGUCAUGAUGGGGCGGCUGCAGCCCCAUGUGCGGCAUCUCCAUCCCAGCUGCCAAUAGCACGUUGGCCAACCCUU